AUGUUCGCAAAGGCAGCCGAGAGCGAUCGCCUUGUGGCAAUCAAACUCGCUCAGCUGAAGGAGUUGGCGGCCGGCAUGACGUUUCGACCCGCGACCCCCAAGAAUCCCACGACCCCGGAGAAGUCAUACGACUACUCAGAAUGGAGCCCUACGCCUAUUACCAUCUCAAUCGACUUCGAACCGACUGUCUUCGCUUCGGACGCUUCCUUCUCUUACACUCGUUCACCUACGCACUCACCUGUGCUGGCCCUUCCUUCUGCCGUUGCUGAGUGGGACCAUCCUGAUUCUGCUUCUGCUUCUGCUUCUGCUUCUACAUCCUCUCUUUCUGCUGUUGCUGAGUCGGAUCCUCCUUCUUCUGCUUCUGCGUCCUCUCCUUCUCCUGCUUCUCCUUCUCUCCGAGACGAGGACAUCAAGGCCUUGCAAAGGUUUGCUCGCAACGUUCAAACUAACAUUCUCUCCAAGUCUGGCAAGUCCCUCCCUCCUUCGUGGGAACCACCUUCUUUCAGAGGUCCCUACCUCGCCCCUGACUCACCGCGUCCUCCUUCGCCUCCUCUCCGCGACGAGGACAUUGAAGUUCUGCAACGGUUUGCUCGGAACGUUCAAUCCAAUAUUCUUUCCAAGUCAGGCAAGUCACUCCCUCCUUCAUGGGAACCUCCCUCUUUCACAGGUCCCUACCUCGCUCCUUCUUCACCGCGUCCUCCGUCUCCUCCUCCCCCUCGUCCUAAGCGAGUUGUUCGAAUCAAUCGGCGUACGAACCGUCUCCUCCGCUGA